AUGGAAGUUUUGGAGGAGAAAAUCAAGGAAGCUGAACGUUUCCGUGACGACUAUUAUCAACAUUUUCCAAAAUGCACAUUGAUAGAGAAAAGGCAAGCCGUGCGGGAAAAGGUUUUACCAUUAAUUCAGGAUAUUCCGCUUGAUAUAAAUGGACAUUCGUCGACAUCGGCGGGAUAUAAUUAUAUCUGUGGGCGAAUUUUGAACAUCUGUAUGGAAUAUGAUGCAAAUUGUGAAAGAUAUUUGUCACGUGCCGUAAAGUUGGAUCCUUCGUUGAGUGAUGCAUGGUAUGAACUUGGCGAAUGUAUCUGGAAGAGGGAAGGCUUCACAAUGGCUGUGGAUUGUUUUCGUAAAUCAUUAGCUCUGAAACGUACUGGGAAGUGUCUCGCCUCACUUGCAGCUGCCCUCCGACAAACUGCUUUACGCACGGCCGAAACAAAAAUUCAGCAGUUAUUGCAAGAGGAAGCUGCUCAGUUAUCUGAUGAAGCAGUCGAGCUCGAUCCGAACUCAGAGGAAGCAUGGCAUGCAUUAGGAAAUUCAUGUUUGACGCAGUUCUUCCUCAAGUGCCAAACAGAUGUAGAACUUAUGGGUAAAGCUCGAGAAGCUUACGAAAAAGCAUUGCAACUUUGUGAUGUACGUUAUAACCCGGAUUUGCAUCUUAAUUAUUCAACUGCUCUCAAAUUCAUCCAGAAUUACGGAGAGUGUUUGAAACAUUUGAAAAUUGCAACUGUUUACGACCCGGGAUACUUGGAAACAAAAGAACAGCUGGAAAAGCUGCUGUCAUUUUUGCAACAAGUUAACAGUUAUGUUCGAAAUAAAGGUAAAUUGACAGCUAAAAAAAUGCAAUUCUUGAAAUCUUCGAUAUCUGAAAAAGAUUUUGGUGUGUAUUGUAAGAAGCCAUUUAAGAAGAAAAAUGGUAGCACAGAAAUCCUUAGACCAAUUUCCUUUCGGGAAUUGAAGGAAGAAAUUAAUGGCGAUGUUGUGAUCUGUGGCAAAGUUGUUGCAAUUAUCCCUAAUACAGAAGUUAUCCCUUACACAUUUGUUGGUUGCGAUAAAGAAGGGUCUUGCUGUGCUUUUUCUGUUUAUAAUGCAUCAAACAAAUUUGGACUGGUUAUUGGUGAUUCAAUAGCUGUACCCGAACCGCAUAUUAUCGAUGUUAAGAUUUCGUCUGAAGAGAGUGGGUGCGGAAAUUUUGAUUUUCGAAUUGUUCGCAUCGCUCAUCCGCUGAAAAUGAUCAGAAAUGGUAAACCAGUGAGCAUAGAAUGUGUGGCAUUUUGUGAGAUGAGCACUGAUUUUGUUUGUUAG